GGCCAAUCCAAAGAUCGUUUUAAAAUUGUACGCACAGAAGGAUCAGCACUUGGACUUCACCAUUGCCCAAGAGCAGUGCCUGCUGCCUGUUUGACUUGUAAACUGUAAAACCACUGACUGGAACCUUUUUGCAAAUGUGUGAAAACCAUCAAUUUGAGUCAGCCAAUGGAUGUGCAUGAAAAUCUGUUAAAGUAUUUUGUUCGUAAUUGGAGUGUGUAUUAGUUUAGAAUUUUUGUUCAGUUUAGAAAAACAGUUGUCAGAAGUUUCAAAACACGGUGUAAUAUGAUUUCUGGCAGGAAUGGUGCACUAUUGGUGUUUAUAAAAUUGGGGAUUUGUAAUAAUCAUUUUAUAUGGACGUUUACACGCAUGUAAUGUUGGUGCGUGCCUAAAAUUAUCGCUUUGGACUUGUAUUUCGAUUUUAAAAAAUGCUUGUAGUUGACACAAAGUUGAAAUAGAACAGUUGUGAAGUUCGGUAUUAGGUUUUAAAUUUGUACGAUCAAAAAAAAAGGGAGAAAGACAACUAAAGACAAGCUGAGACUUAGAAAACUGAAACGGUCAAGUAUUUCAUUACUUCAAGGAAUCAGCAUGGAGUUCCAAAAAGCCCUAAACGAAGGCCAACGUCUCCUUGAUUCCGGUCAAUGGACGGCUAAGAACAUGAUAGAUUGUCUCUAUUUUUCCAUGUUGGACGAUAUAGACAAUUUCGCUGACGCCGACGUCAUCAUUGCGAAUAGCAAGAUUUUCAAUAUGCUGGCUCUUCGCCACUACGAGAAGGGUCAGUCGGUCGCGCUAUUCACGCCGUAUCGUCUGUGGCAGCGAGCUCGGUGCGGUCGCUACUGGAAAUGGUGUGGCAACCACCACCAGCUGCAGGGCCGCACCACGAACCUACAUGUAAAGAUGCUGUCGGCGAAUGCAGUCGAGGCGGCCGUAACUCGCAGCUGGUUCCAGACCACCAAAAAGAUCUGCUGGCGACUGACAGAAACCCUGGCAAGAAUGCUUCCGAUACCCCUGGAACUGCAGUGCUACAUGGUACACAGGCACGGGUUCAUCGACAUGGAGUGCACAGCCCGACAGCCCUUGUCCACAAUGUCUACUCUGACCUUGAAGGAGCUGGACGGAAAGGCUGUCCUGAAGGAGCUUCUGUCAUCCGUCAAGAAGCCGACGGAGCGGACGACGUAGGACU